AUGUGCUGUAAAUCGACAAAGCAGAGUACUGACUUGCUCGUGGCACCCAUGCAUGGUGCCACCAUCUAUCGCAUUCAAUGCACGCCACGGGUUGUGGUGGUGCUCAUCAUCAGCAAGUUGCGACUGGAGACCAGUUACAAGAAGAAAGAACGUGAUCGUAGGGAGAGAGAGAAACGCGCGGCGCGGCGGAAAAAGGAGAAGCUCAAGAAAGAACAGGAAGCCAUACGACAGGGAAAGAUCCCCACAGCCCCACCCCAGCCCAAGGAACUCACCGCAGAGGAACGCAGACAAAAAAAG